GCGAAUAAUUUGUGAAUAAAGUGCAAAGGAUGGAAUACCAGUACCUUUCAAAGAAGGAGGGAAUGCAGAGUUUCUUGAGCGGGUAGAAAGGAUGUCGGUCUUUUUGAGCCAAUCAAUUUUGCAUUCAUUCAGUUACACGUACUCUCUUUCUUUUUUCUAUAUGUUUAUCGCGUAUCACAGGGCACUCACUAAAUAUCCAAUUCUAGUACAGAGUUUAUCAACAGCUGUUUUAUUUGGUACAGGCGAUGUCAUUGCACAACAAGUGAUUGAAAAAAGAGGUUGGACCGAACACGACUUUAUGCGUACGACUAGGAUGACAGUAUUUGGUGGUAUUUUUGCUGGGCCUAUCUUGAGCAACUGGUACAGAUUUAUCGACAAAAGAGUAACCACACAAUCACCAUCCAAAGCCUUGUUUUACAAGGUUGCAUGCGAUCAAUUUAUAUUUGCUCCUUUUUUCAUUGGAGCCUUUUUCGUGGGUCAAGGGUUAUUUGAAGGAAAGUCAAUGACAAAAAUACAGGAAAAGUUAUACAAUGGAUAUACGACAGCCCUUAUUGGUAAUUAUAAGAUAUGGCCAGCUGUUCAAAUAUUUAAUUUUUAUUUUACGCCAUUAAACUAUCGCUUAAUGGUUACAAACAUUGUCGCUUUAGGAUGGAAUUCAUAUCUAUCCACUAUUAAUCAAAGAAGUGAUCAUUAAGCUAUAUUCGUGAUACCAGCUCCAUCAAUUUCAGGAACCCCCACUUUGAUAUUCUUGUAAUGAAUAACCCCUCUAGCCUUCACCUAAACAAAUGAUCAGUAAAAAAAAAAAAGAUAAAAGCAAAUAUAAUAAAAU